UCAACCGCGUCGCACUACACUCCAUGCUGGGGUUCAAGCUUAUUGUUGCGUGGCUUGGGAUUGGAAUUGUGAUGUUCGGGACAAUCAGUGGAAGCCCCAUUCCGCUUUCGAAACACAAGGUACUUAGGCGUGAAGCAUCCAUCCACCGUCUGGACGGGAGGAGGCCUGGAAAGCCAGAUCCCAUGGUACGAUGUCGGGUGUACCGAUGGAGCCGGAGUCGGCUGUACCGUAGUCACCGGAGAUCAAUAUGAUCUAUUUGGCGGACCACGGCACUGAACGGGGAUACGUGCAGAGACUUCCCCUUCCAAGGAGACGGGACAGUUGUGUAAUGUAGCUAGCAAAUUCCCUAUGAACAGCAACAUGAACCCGGCCUCAUGCAGAUAUAAUGAAUACUUGGAGGGCUCAAUAUAAGGAGAAUGCUACGAUACUUAAGAAUUCAGAGUAGCAUACCCCUCUCCCCUGCACAGACGAAUGUCGCUAUGAAUUCAAGCCUAGAGC